GGAAGCGCCGCCCCGAUGUGUCCGCGGGCGGGCCCGGUGUGCGGGCGGCGGCGCCGGGAGGGUUUGUUUGCGCCCUGCGUCUCCCCCCGCAGUGAGGGUGGUAGCGCCCGCGGUGCGAGGCGCGCCGCCCGUAUAAGCGCGGCCGCGGGGCGGGCACGGCCGCAGCCGCGCCGCUGGUCCCGCCCGAUCCCUGCCGGUGCCGCUCCGUCCCGUCCCGCCGGGAGCAUGUACCAGAGCUCCGCGCGCUGCCUCUGCUCGGCCCUGCCCGCCCUCUGCUGCGCGCCCGCCGCCGCCUCGGCCUCCCGCCUGCCGCUGCCGCGGCCCCGCUGCCAGCCGGCGCCGCCCGGCCCCGCCGCCCCGCGGGCAGCAGCGCCCGCCCCGGGCACGCCGCCGCGCACAGUGUGUUCCAUGGGAAACAGCACCAGCCGGCUCUACAGCGUGCUCGCCAAGACGCUGAGCAGUGGCGCCGUAUCCCAGCACCAGGACUGCCUGGAGCAGCUGGACCCAGCUCAGCUGGAUCCUAUAGACCCCAAGGAUUUGCUGGAGGAAUGUCAGGUCGUUCUGCAGAAGAGGCCACCCCGGUUUCAGAGGAACUUUGUGAACCUGAAGAAGAGCACUGCCAGUAACCACCGCCCCAUCCGGGUCAUGCAGUGGAACAUCCUCGCCCAAGCUCUCGGGGAAGGCAAAGACAACUUUGUUCAGUGCCCCAUGGAAGCUCUGAAGUGGGAGGAGAGGAAGUGCCUCAUCCUGGAGGAAAUCCUGGCCUACAAGCCCGACAUCCUGUGCCUUCAGGAGGUGGACCACUACUUCGACACCUUCGAGCCGCUGCUGAGCCGCCUGGGCUACCAGUGCACGUUCUUCCCGAAGCCGUGGUCGCCGUGCCUGGACGUGGAGCACAACAACGGGCCGGACGGCUGCGCGCUGUUCUUCCUGCGGGAGCGCUUCCAGCUGGUCAGCAGCGCCAACAUCCGCCUGACCGCCAUGAAGCUCAAGACCAACCAGGUGGCCAUCGCCCAGACGCUGCGCUGCCGCGAGACCGGCCGCCUCCUCUGCACCGCCGUCACCCACCUGAAGGCGCGCACCGGCUGGGAGCGCUUCCGCUCCGCCCAGGGCUGCGACCUGCUGCAGAACCUCGAGGACAUCACCCAGGGAGCCAAGAUCCCCCUGAUCGUCUGCGGGGAUUUCAACGCGGAGCCCACCGAGGAGGUGUACAGGGAGUUCUCCAACUCCAGCCUCAACCUGAACAGCGCCUACAAGCUGCUGAGCCCCGACGGGCAGUCGGAGCCCCCCUACACCACCUGGAAGAUCCGGCCCUCGGGAGAGUGCCGGCACACUCUGGAUUAUAUCUGGUACUCCCAGCACGCCUUGAACGUGACCUCAGCCCUGGGCUUGCUGACUGAGGAGCAGAUCGGGCCCAACAGGCUGCCCUCCUUCAAUUACCCUUCCGAUCACCUGUCCCUCGUGUGUGACUUUAGUUUCAAUCAGGACCCUGACAGACUGCUGUGAUCUCUUGGAAUGCCACUUGGUAUUGCAGUGUCUGAACUCACCAGUCUUUUAUUUUAGAGAAAACCUUUGAAGCUAGAUGCUGUUGAAAGAUGAGGAAAUACUGUUGGCUAACCAUUAUUUCAGGCACUUGUUUUGGAGUUACACUUGCUGUUCAGCCCUCAUUAAUGUACAGCCUUCGAGGGAAGAAGAAGGAAGCCAGUGUUCUCAUCAUGCUCUUUUUUCCAUGUAGGGGUUUGAGGGAAAUGAGCUUUAUCCUUUCACUAAGCCCCCUGUUUUAAGGAUUUAAUCCUCUAAUGAAUGUGGAGGCCUUAGUAUUUAAAUCAAAACACUCGUGUUUGUAAAACAACUUGCCCUGACAGCAUGCUAAUUUUAUUUAUUUCAUGUUAAGCUUCUGCAAGUACCAAAGGGAAUGAGGUUCAAAUACCCAGUGAGAUUGUCUUAAAUCUUUUUGUGUUGCAAUAUGAAGGAAGUUUAAUGCAGUUUAGACAAACAGCUGAGCUCAUAGUAGUGUGGUCAGGUCAUUUUUCCAUGACCUGAGAUGACAAAUUCACUAGAAGUGUGAGAAAGGCCCCCUGCAGUAAGAGCAGGUGAGGAAACAGAGGCUGACCAUGACCUAGAGUAAUGCCCUCACUUUUCCAGAACAAUGUGCAUGUGUCUGUCACACACAUACAGCCUGUAGGCUGUACAGUCACUGUACCUUCAUCUCUUCUGUGCUUCCCUCUGGAGGACACAGCUAACCAGGGACUAUUUCUUCCUCUGCUUUGAGUAUUACUUUUCUAAAUGGUUUAAAUUUGUAGUCUUGUCGAUCUUGCUGUUUCAGUAAAGGGCCAGUCUUAAUGUGGAAAGACUUUCUUUUAUUUAUCUUCAGAAUCUAAAGCUACACUGGAACCUGUUAUAAGAUAAAAUUUAUUUAUUGAGAGAAAUUGGUGAUCCUGCAUCUCAUUGGAAAUAGUAGAGUGACAGUGUUCAGGAGUCUCUUCCUGUGACCCAGGAAAACUGUGGUAGAGCAGCUGGGCUACAACAGAGGCGUGUUAGUAUGUUAACUCCUGUGAUUGCUUAUGGGUGACAUAGGAAUUGCAUAUAUGGAUUGUAAACGUGCCAUCAUGCCAGAAAAUGACAUAGGAAGAGAGGAGGGAAGAGGGACAACAGUUGGAGUUGGGAUGACAUUUAGGUAGUUGAGGAAGAGGUGCUAGGGUAAAUAAAGCAGUAUUUCCAUGUGAAGUAGGGUGCAUAGUAACUCUUAAAUGUUCCAGAUGUUUAUUAAUAAAACUCUUUGGAAAAAGCUAA